GACCAGGAGUCGACGUGUGCAGAAGUCCUGCUAGUCUGGUCCUUGUUCCCGUCUGGGUACCAGUUUGCUUCAGCAGCGCAGCCGGUGGGGCCCGAGGCUAGGAGAAGGAGAAGGAGUCAGCUUGCCGGAAUUUUGCAGGUCUGCAGGUCUGCAGGUCUGUUGUUCGUAGCAGUACGCAGGGCUAGAAAAGGCGAGGAAGAAACUGACCGGAUCAGUACGGAAGUAGUUGUUUUCAAAGAAGAAUAAGCAGAAAAAAAGAAAGGAAGAGGGAACGGAAGGAAGAGAGACAGAUACAAGAUGAAACCCUGUCAAAAGAUUGAAGGAAAACCAGAAAAUGAGAGUGAACCAAAACUUGAGGAAGAGCCAAAGCCUGAGGAAAAGCCAGAGGAGGAGGAAGAGCCAGAGGGGGAGGAAAAAACAGAAGGAACUUUUAGAGAAAGGCUGAUUCAGUCUCUCCAGGAAUUUAAAGAAGAUAUACACAACAGGCAUUUAAGCAAGGAAGAUAUGUUUAGAGAAGUGAAUGAAUUAGACGAGAUAAGGAGAGUAAGAAACAAACUUAUAGUGAUGCGUUGGAAGGUUAAUCGAAACCAUCCUUACCCCUAUUUAAUGUAGUUUACCUUGAUUUUUAUUUUUCCUGAUGUUAACAUUACUUUCUUUUGAUUUGCAUUUUCCCAGUACACCUUUGUCCAUCUUUCUACUUUUAACUUGUUGCUAUUAGUGGUUUUAGAUGCAUCUCAUUGUUUAUUUUACUUCAAACCAAUCUACAAGUCUUUGCCUUUUAAUAAGAGAACUUUACUCAUUUGUACAAAAAGAGGUUCCUGACAGGAUAUAAAAUGAAAAAAAAAAGUUGCUAAGUAAUAUGUGAAUAUCAUAUUUUUGAAAGGGAAGAGUACAUUUGUAUAUUACAUAUAUGCACAGAAGAACAUGUGAAGGAUGAAAGACAAAAAGUACAGUCAGUGGUAGGAUUAUGAGUGAUUUUUUUAUUCAGCUUAUUUGUAUUUUUCCUUAUUCCUAGAAUGUACACACAUUAUUGUUAAAAAUAAUAAAAGGUUUAUUUAAAAAAAGGAGUAAACAACAGUACUGAGUAUAUUUCUAAAGGCAUUGGGACACAAUAUUUAAUGGCAGAAUUUUAGAAGCAAAUGUGAACUCCAAAUUACCACCAGACCACUUAGCUAGAAGAAUAAAUUUUACAUCUUUUCUCAUCUGCAAAAUAGAGAUAAUAAAGAACUUUCAGGGAUCUUAUGAGGACUAAAUAAGGUAGCGACUGUGAACUAUAUUUGACAAGCUUCUGUUCCCAUCUGCUCAUGCAGGAUCCCACCUCCUAAGAGAUUUAUUUCAGGUAUUUUGGAGGGAGAAAGUAGUUCUCACCUGUGCUUAAGAACAAAUCCAGACAACUGUUAGGUGGGCACUACCUUUGUGUUUCUCUCCUGCUGUGCCUGCCCAACCUUCCAUCCUCCUCCCCUUGAUACUACCAGGUGUAUUGGGUAUUUCUGCCCCUUCAUUCAGGUUGUGUACUUCUCAGGCCCCUAACACUGCUGAUGUGCUAGAAAUCUCAAAUAGUGAAGCCCAACAUAUUUCUUUGGAACCCCCAAUGGACUGACUCUCCAGUCUGACCUCUACAGAAGUGGGGGAAACGCCCAUCUCUUAAAUUUAGAUAGACAUUUAUGCAGGGCUACUUGGGCUGUGAUAUCUUAUUGAUACCUUGGCAACUUUGGGAUUUUAAUCACAGACCCCCUCUUCCCCAUAAGACUCGGACACAAUGGGUCUCUUUGGGGGUGGGAGCAGAAGAUAAGUCUGAGUUACAGACAUUAUGCUUUAGUCAGAGUUGCUUAUGAGCCUAAAGAUUGGUUUUAUUUUCCUGACUCUUAUUUCCUUAGGGUGAGCAAUCUCUCCCAAAAGACUGGUGGCAGGCCCUCCUCACCAGCUCAAAAGAUACCCUUAGACCUGUGUAAAUUUUUAAAGGGAGGUUCAAGUAAGAUUUCGGGAUAUUCCCAUGCUUACUUGGAAAUGUAUGAAGUGCUGUGUAAGACUUACUGUGUACGUAUAUCUGCAUCCAAAUCUUCAUAACUAUAUAUGUAUCUAUAUAUGUAUAUGUGGCUCACAGUUGUGCCAGUUGUGUAUUAUUUUUCCUCUGUGAUGCUCUUUUUGGGGCAAUUAAUCUCUCCAGACUAUC